AUGCACAUCAGCCCUAUUGAGGCAUACGUCUCUUCAAGCCAAGGUGAGCUUUCUUGUUUCGUUUUUUGUGCUUCUCUUAAGUUUGAAUUUAUUUUCAGGUUUAUUGAAUUUGGAAGUGACGGUGGACCAGCAGCAAAGACACUAAGGCCCAAGUUCAACCAGUUUACCAAGCAUGUGGCAUCCCAUUUGGGAUUAGUAGCACCACAUAUUGACAUGAAGCAUGUUAUUGCUGCAACCAUAGCUCUCAAAGGGCUUGGGGGUCUUCUGUUCAUCUUCAGCAGCACUUUUGGUGCUUUUUUGCAGCUUCUUUAUCUGGCAUUUAUCACACCUAUUGUUUACGAUUUCUACAACUUCGACAUUGAGAGGGCAGAAUUCGUACAGCUUUUCAUCAAGUUCACACAGAACUUGGCUCUCUUCGGCUCUCUGCUCUUCUUCCUUGGCAUGAAGAACGCGAUCCCUAAACGCCAACAAAAGAAGAAGGUUCCCAAAACGAAAACAGGAUAAAAUCAAAUGCCUUGGUGAAAAAUUUGGGUGGGUCUUUGAAGUCCCUGCUUUUUCUUAUCUAUAUAUUUAUCCUUUAUUUAAAAAAAUAUAUAUUUUACUUUUGUGAGAGUGUAGUAGUCAAGUCAUUAAGAUUUCUUUUGGCGUUUAGGACAAUUUAUUGUUUCAGAGCCGAGUUUUAUUCGGACACCUCUCCAUACUGUCUUUCUUCUUCUGCAGAUACCUGAGAUUUUGCUUCGAGGCCCCA